GUGCAAUAGAGCCAUUGAUACAAGUUCAAUCUGGCGAUGUGGUCGGAUAUUACCUGGACAGUACAAGGGAAUCAGAUAAUCGAGGAGUGCAGCUAGAUGUUAGCAAUAGUAACCUGAAGGUGUACUAUCAGCCACCUCAAGAGGGAAGCACUUUUGAUACUAGAGCUGAAGGUGUGCAGGAAGAGAAUAGAGGAGCUCCUAUUCUACUAGUGGGAGUGGACUGCAUAUCAUGUUCACCUGGUGCUACUACAGCCUCAGAGAGCAAUCAACUGGCCAGUGCUCUUGUACCAAGCCUACUACUACUCGGACUACUACUAGUGGUGGUCUCAGUAGCGUUUCUAUGGUACGUGAUAAAGAACGAGAUGAACAAACAGUACAGCCAACAAGAUGGAAAUACAUCACCAAGACGGCAUGGAGAAUUCGUACCCACACCGAAUGAAAUCAGCGGUUCUUUACCUGGGGAUACGCCCACUACAGAUUACGGGGACACACCCACUACAGAUGACGGGAAUAUACAGGCGGCAAAUCCAUUAUUCUCUGAUCAAGAUGCUCACACAAAUGGAACUAUACCUCUGUGCUCCAAUAAUGCAUACAAUGUCAACAACUCUAACCCUCCGAACGACCCAAUCUCCCUCCACUCUAACGAUACGUACGAUGUCAACAACUCUAACCCUCCGAACGACCAAAUCUCUCUCCACUCUAACGAUGCUUACGAAUUGAAGGAGGAAGCCGAGUACGAAGUGGUGAUGUAAAAGAACGCUCAGAAAAAUACAAGACUAGCAAAGUAGAGGAAAUGGAUUCUAGCAAUAAAGUUGUCUAUAGCUGUUCGUUGUGUGCAUGUGACCUGUUUUGUUGUGUGCAUGUGAUCUAUUUUGUGACAUGCAUAAAGUAUAA